AUGUAUAUCCAGAUGACAUUGAUGCAAAAAUCUAAAUCUGAACCUAAUUGUCAAACCAACGCUUUAGUCACUCUUGGUUAUCCUAAACGUAAAUCAACAGGAAACCUUCGUCAGUCGAUCAGUCAGACUUCUUCAGUGAUGACUCAGACCAGUCAAAACAAAAUCUGGCGUCCACCUGGACAUUGUGAGAUCCCCGAUAUCUUGGGCCAUGCUUAUCUUAAACCAAGCCCACCUGUUGCUUUCGAUUUACGUCCGAACGAUAUCUCCAAACGAGUAUCCAAGCGUCCGUGGUAUCCUCCUAGUCCGCACUAUGAAAUUCCCGAACUUCCACCACUUAAGCGUAGCACGUUGAAAACAAGAGGACAGAAUCAAUUGGAAGCUAAGCUGAAAAAGCUAUUGCCCAAGAUUCCUGUCUGUACAUCUGAUCCAGUCAGUCGAUACACUCACUUUAAAGAAAUUGGCACGGGUGUCAAUGGUGCUGUCGUCAAGGCCGUCUGUCGUAAACGAGCUCAGACAAAAGUAGCGAUCAAACGAUGCAAACUGGAUCCUGAUCGUGAAUAUCGUGCAGCCAUUCUGCGUGAACUCCGUAUUAUGGCAUCAGGUCACAAUAACUUGAUUCGAUUGAGAGAAGUAACCUUGUGGAAAGAUGAUAUCUUGAUGACAAUGGACCUCAUGCGCUGCUCUGUCUUUGCUGUUCUCUGUCAACGUGGUAUCCCUGAAGAGUACGCUGUCUACAUGACCUGCGAGACCCUCAAGGGCUUGGCUCACUUGCACAGUCAGGGUAUCCUUCAUCGCGAUGUCAAGUGUGAGAACCUCCUCCUCGGCUGGAACGGCGAAAUCAAAUUAGCCGACUUUGGCUUGUCCGCACGCAUCAACCGACCCAACUACGAACGAUUAGGUACGACCAAAUGGAUGGCUCCUGAGGUCAUAAGAGAAGAAUACUAUAAUGAAAAGAUCGACAUGUGGUCUUUGGGUAUCACAAUUAUCGAAAUGAUGGACCGUGUUCCUCCUCACUACGCCAUCAAGGAUGAGGAAGAACUGUUUGAUAUCAUUGCUACUGAACCUAGCCCGACAUUCACAUACAGUUAUCCUACCAUGUAUAUGCGUGGCCUCGUAGCCUGGCUCUUGGAUGAAGAACCAGAAACAAGACCAAGUGCUCGUGAUGCUCUUUUAGAGAUUGAAGCUCACGUUCAAUCAAACUUGUUACCUUGUUCGUCAGCUCAAGAUCUUGUUCGAUUCCUGAAUCAUGUCUUACCAUCUGAACACUAA